AUGCCGUCGAGGGGUUACAAGGAGGUGCGGCGAUACCAUGACAACGACUACAGACAGUUUCGCCGGUACGAGGUUGCAGAGGACAGGGAUGCUCGCGACUACGACGAUAUAAACCAGAAGCAAUUCCGGCGGUACAAGGACAGCGACCGGAGGCGGUUCCGUCGCGACGAGGGCGCAGAGGACAGCCAUCCUCCCAGGUACAGCGACAUAUAUCGGAAGCAGUCCCGUCAAUACGACGACACCGGAAGCCAGUUUGGGGAGUACUACGAUCCAGGCAGCCAGAGGCCAGGCUACUACGGCUAUGACGAGAACCGCUGGCUCGACGGACAGUAUCCAGUGUACCCCCGCGGCAGGCAGUGGUACGACGACAGCUAUACUUAUAGGCACCCGUCGUCAAGAGCUCAUCGGCACUCUCAUAACCACCGUCGCCAUCAGUACGAAUACCAUGACGACGUGUCGGAUCGUGGAGACCAGCAACAAGAGGGGCACGAUGUGUACGAAGAGGAAGAAGUGCAGGAGUCAAGAGGCCGGGCCAGGAGCAGGCCUGGGCGGCUCGUGUCGAGGUUGAAGAACUGGGUGUCUGGGUCUAGGGGAGCGUCCAAAAAGCGCACAGACGAAGUGUCGCAGUCAUCCCGCGCGUCCUCAAGUAGCAGGUCCGGCUACGGAGACAGCGACCACCAUCACUUGACGCGUGGGCGCAGCCACAGUCCUGACAGGAGGCGAGGCCACCGCCGCUACCACCUACGGCACCACUCGGAGACGCGGUCACGGUCACGGUCGCGGUCGCGGAGCCUGGACGAUCCCGCGAUGCGGCUGCGGCACGCCGUCAUCGCGGGCGUCACGGCGGGCGCCAUCGAGGCGAUCCGGGUCCGGCGCGAGCCUGGGCCGUGGAGCGGGCCCAAGGGCCGCAGGGUGGCGACUGCGGCCUUUAGUGCGGCGGCGAUCGAGGCCGCGAUUGACAAGCACCCGGAACACGACCCGCAGAAGAAGGCGAUGGCGGCGCGGAUUGGAGGGUUGAUGAUGAGUCGUAUCAUCAACGGGCCAAGGAGGGGAGGCGACGGUGGUGGGCGCAGGGGCUGA